AUGGAUUCAAAACGAACUUGGGAUUUGGAUGCAAUAGUGACAUCAAUAAACAACGCAACCACAACAUUGGAUAUACAUGUUAUGGACUAUUUUCCCGCAUUUAUAUACAAAAAACCAUCAGAAUAUUUUCCAGUUAUAGACAAUGCUAUAAGAAAUGCCAUAAUUCGGAAAGUUAAGAUAAGAAUAAUAACAUCUGCUCUACACUAUCCAGAACUUGGCAUAAGAUAUAUGAAGUCAUUGCAAUCAUUGAAUGGAGCCAAAGACUACAAUAUACAAAUAAGAAUUAUUACAAUACCAAGGACACACUUGAAUGGACUGUUGAGCAGAGAGAGAAGAUCUCAUAUAAAAUUUCUUGUCACUGAUAGGACUGUUGUGAUUGGUACAUCAAACUGGUCAGGAGAUUACUUUACUGGUGGCACCACUGGUGAAGCAGUUGUUGUUAAUCAAAAUAAGCAGAAAAAAACCAUUGUGCAUCAGAUGAAGAAAAUAUUCGACCGUGAUUGGAAUGGUCCUUACAGUCAUAAUUUGGAAGAUUAUUAUGAGAACUGUGUUUUAAGAAGAACAGCUAUCUUCUGCGAAGUAGACAAGGACUAG